AAUAUUACUAAAUAAUUUAGAAUUAGUAGAAAAAUAUUUUCGUUGUUGCAACACUGAACAACACAUGUCAAAUUCAAAAUGGCUUCGAAACAACAAAGUGUUGGCGGGACCCGGGUAAGUUUUUGCGUUAUAAAUUACUUUUUAGCUCAAAAACUAAUAAAAAAUGGUGUGUUAUUUGAUCUAAAAACUAUGUAUUACUCAAAAAGUGGUUUUAUGCGUUACUGUGUCAAUUUUUAUGGCCGAUUUUGGUUGAAACAAAUGUAUGUACACUGCACUGCACGUUGCCAAUAACGCACUAAAAUACUAAAAAUGAACUAUGGUAACCACGCUGUACAUUGCUAAGUUUACACAGUUUUUGUUUUUCAACGAAUCGGCAGUUUUUGUUUAUUUAUUUUUUUACCUUCUCAUAAAAACUGUCUGCUUUGAACUUUUUUUUUUCUUUUUCCGCCUGCAGAACUUACAACUAACUCGCGCCCAUAAGAUCUUGGCUUUGGUACCCGCUCAAAACGCAUGCUCUGACGAUAGUUCCACAUCUGAUGAGGAAGCAAAUGCUUAUAUACCGCCUUCACCAGAUACCUCUGAUCCACCUUCAAUAGCAUCAUCACUAAAUUAUCAAUGGUUAAAAGCAGUAUUUCGUCACAAUGUAUCUCUUGAAGAAAACUUAUACAAUCUCCAUCAAACACAAAUAGAGACAGUACUGGAUUAUUUUUAUUUCUUUUUUUCUCCUGACUUAAUUACUGACAUUGUUUAUAAUACAAAUUUAUAUGCAGUUGAACAACUAGGUCGAUCUAUUCAGCUGACAGAAGAUGAGAUUAAAAGCUUCCUGGCCAUUCAAAUCAUGAUGGGUAUAGUACAGAUGCCAGCUUAUACUGACUAUUGGGCAAGAAAAACAAGAUACCCUCUCAUUGCUGAUCUUAUGCCUCUCAAAAAGUAUCAACAAAUACGUCGAUAUAUUCAUUUUGUUGAUAAUACUUUGCAAGAUUCAGACCGUUAUUUCAAGAUUCGCCCCCUAAUGGAGAAAAUACGCAAAAAUUUUCUGAAAAUUGAAGAAGAAGGAAAAUAUUCCAUUGACGAGAUGAUGAUACCUUAUAAAGGUCGUAAAGCAGGUAAACGAAAGCAGUACAUAAAAAUGAAACCUAAGAAAUGGGGGUUUAAGAAUUUUGUCCGUGCGGGUGUUUCGGGUAUCAUCUACGAUUUUAUUCUGUAUGGUGGCGACGAUACCUUUCGUGGACUGACUUUUUCAGAGAAAGAAGCUACAAUUGGUUUAGGAGGUAUGGUAGUGCUUGCAUUGUGUCAAACUAUAAAGAAAAAGCCGGCCAUUGUGUAUGCUGAUAACUUUUUUAUGUCGCCUGAACUAACAUAUAUUCUGCGGGAAGAAUACGGGAUCCUUAGUCUAGGAACAAUAAGGACUAAUCGUCUCAGAGGCUGUCAAGAGUUAUUGCCAACUGACAAACAAUUAAAAAAGAAGAAACGCGGUUCUAGCGCCCAGGUGGUUUGCAAUAAGAAUAAGUUGGCAGUCGUAAAGUGGAACGACAAUAAAGUGGUUACACUUAUUAGCACCUACAUAGACUCGUACCCCUUAGAAACAAUCAAACGAUACGAUAAGGAUGAGAAAAAGAAAGUAGAUGUAGAAUGUCCUCAAGUGGUCAAACAUUACAACAAACAUAUGGGAGGGGUCGAUUUAGCAGAUAUGUUGAUAUCGUUAUAUAGAACUCCCUUCAAAAGUCACCGUUGGUACUUGGGAAUAUUUUCACAACUUGUUGAUAUGUGUAUAAAUAACGCUUGGCUCCUACAUAGAAGAGAUGGGAAGAAGACUUCAUUGAAAGAUUUCAGAUUUGAAUUGUUUGAUGGGUUGUCUAAGUCUAAUAGAAUAGGAACAAACCAAAACGUUACAGACGAUAUAGGCGAGAAUCUGAAAAUCCAUAAACCAGUCUCAGUCCGACCAACUGAUAGCGUCAGAUUUGAUAACACAGGUCAUCUUCCAGAAGCAGGUAAUGAAACAAUGCGUUGCAAAUAUUGUAAGAGUGGAAGAACAUCUGUCUACUGUAUAAAAUGUAACGUACAUUUGUGUUUUGUUGUGGGAAAAAUAAAACGUAAUUGCUUUCGUAAUUUUCACCUAAAAUAAUAAAGAAUAAUUUAAAUA